GCCCUUCUGUGAAUGUAAACACAGCGAUGUCGGAGUCUCCGGACGCCCGCAGCUUACUCUCUGCUUCCUCCCAGCUCAACCUGGCGGAGAUGGACGCGAUCGAUGAUAAGGAGUUUGACAUUCCCCAAGUAGACACACCUCCCACACUGGAGAGCAUCCUGAAUGAGCUGGAGGAUGAGGAGGAACCAUUUGUGUUGGAGGAUAGCUGCGUGCUAAACACAGACAGCAUGGAUGCUCACUCCUGUGACACCUCCUCUCUGGCUAGCUCUGACAGUGGAGACCCAGCACACCUCAAAAGGAAGAGGAGGACCGUGGAUCUGAAUGCGACCGUUCAUGGGUCUGUUCUUCGACACAGCCUGAUGAAGGGCAUCUCUGCACAGAUCGUUUCUGCUGCUGACAAAGUGGAUGCUGGACUGCCAACUGCUAUAACAGUGUCGGGUGUGAUUGUUGUCGGAACGUCUCACGGUCUGGCUCUGGUCUUUGACACCAAUCAGGCUCUACGGCUCUGUCUGGGCACCAAGGCCACGGGGGCAGAGUUCGGGGCGGUCUCUGCCCUCAGCAUCAACCACGAUUGCUCGCGAAUGCUCUGCGGGUUCGCCAAAGGACAGAUCACAAUGUGGGAUCUGGCCAGUGGGAAGCUCCUGAGAACAAUCACUGAUGCCCACCCUCCAGGAACAGCUAUACUGCAUGUGAAGUUCACAGAGGACCCGACUCUUGCAGUGUGCAACGACAGUGGAGGAUCAGUUUUCGAGCUGUCUUUCAGGAGGGUGAUGGGGAUUCGGUCCUGUGACUCUCGAUGUCUCUUCAGUGGUUCUAAAGGGGAGGUCUGCUGUAUUGAACCGCUGCGCGCUCCUCCAGACUUCAGAGAGCAUCCCAUCACACAGUACUCUCUGCUGGCUAUGGCCUCUCUCACUAAGAUUCUGGUGAUUGGUCUGAAGCCCUCGCUGAAAGUCUGGAUGACUUUUCCCUACAGCAAGCCCGACCCGUCCAGUGUUCCUCAGCUGGCCUGGCAGUUUGUUCCGGUUCAGAAGACGGUCAACCCCAUCCUGGCUUUCUGUAAAGGAGAUACAGUCCACUUCCUCCUGGUGAAGAAGGAGGAGACGGGGACCAUCCAUGUCAUCAAACAGAAACAACUCCACCUCAACUGUGACAUCAUUAGCCUGAGUUGGAUCAACAGUCGUACGCUGGUUCUCGUAGACAGCCAUGAAAAGCUGCAGGUCGUGGACCGGCCCAGUCAGGAGGUUUUGGAGACUCUGGACUUGGAGCAGGUGCAACUGGUCUAUAGCAGCCAACAUUUCAAAUCGCUGGCAACUGGAGGGAAUGUCUCCCAGGCUCUGGCUUUAGUUGGAGAGAAGGCCUGCUACCAGUCAGUCUCGAGCUACGCAGGACAGAUUGUCUAUCUGGGUACCAAGUCAGCUCACAUUAUGGCUCUACGGAACUGGAGAGAGCGUAUCGACUUCCUGCUCAAGCAGGAGCAUUUCGUUGAGGCUCUGUCUCUGGCCUGGUCCAUCCAUGAGGGCACUGCUAAAGCUGUGGUCGGCCUGUUGGGGGAUCCAAUGAAAAGGAAGGGGGUUGUAAGUGACAAGAUGGUCGAGAUCCUUAUCCAGUUGGCAGAGCAUGCACUGAAGAAGUGUCCAGAGCACGGCAAGAUCCAAGUGAUGGAGCAGCACUUCCACGAUGUGGUUCCAGUCCUGGUGGAUUACUGCCUGCUGCUGAAGAGGGCUGACCUGAUGUUCAACCAGCUGUAUGCUCAGCUGGUGGAGAACACGGUUGCUAAGGGCGUGUUUCUGGAGUCGCUGGAGUCGUACAUCGUUGCCGACCGUCUCGGUCACCUCACCACGCCCAUCAUGAGGGACCUCCUGGCCCAUUACCAUGGCAACGGGAUGAUGGACAGCCUGGAGAGAUGCAUUGUCCAUCUGGAUGUGACCAGCCUGGACAUACAGCAGGUGGUUCAGGUGUGUUGGGAAAACCAACUCUACGAUGCAAUGAUCUACGUGUUCAACAGCGGCAUAAAUGACUACAUCACACCUAUGGAGAAACUCUUUGCCGUGAUUGGCCCACCACUUAGAGCGGGGAGGAGCCUAAACGAUGAGGAAGUGGUGAUGGGAAACAAACUUCUGGUGUACAUAAGCUGCUGUCUUGCAGGAAGGGCGUAUCCACUUGGAGAUAUCCCUGAAGAUCUUGUGGUUCAAGUCAAGAACCAGGUGUUUGAGUUCCUCAUCCGUCUCCAUUCAGCCGACUCGUUGGAGGAGGAGGAGGUCUUCCCGUUUAUUCGCACACUCCUCCACUUUGAUACCCGGGAGUUCCUCAAUGUCCUCGCCAUGACAUUUGAAGACUUUAAGAAUGAUAAGCAGGCCCUUGAGUACCAGCAGAGGAUCGUGGACAUCUUACUUCAGGUGAUGGUGGACAACCCAGACUUUACUCCAUCCCUGGUGGGCGGGCUCUUCACGUUUUUGGCUCGCCAGUUAGCCAAGCCAGACAACACGCUUUUUGUGAACAGGAAGCUCUUUGAUCAGGUUCUGGAGUUCCUGUGUUGCCCUGACGAUGACUCCAGACACACUGAGAGGCAACAGGUUUUGCUGGAGCUCCUGCAGAUUGGGGGUGUGGUCCAGUUUGAUGAAGAAAGGCUGUUGGCUCUGGCAGAGAAGGCCAAGUUCUACCAAAUCUGUGAAUUUCUUUAUGAGAAGAAACAUUUCUACGACAAGAUCAUUGAUUGCUACCUGAGAGACCCCCUGAGAAAGGGGGAUAUCUUCAGCUUCAUACACAACCUGCUGUCCAUGCCCGGCUACAGCCCCGAGGAGAAGCAAACAGUCAGAGACAAAGUCCUUCAACACAUACAGGAGCUGGUGACCCUUGACCCCAGCAAGUCGGCUGACCUCGUGGUGUUUCACUUUCCUAACGAGGUGCAACAAAUCAUCUCUGAGCUUCAGGAUGACCGGCUACUUUUCCAGUUCCUCAGCUGCCUCCUGGAGCCACGGGAAGCCCAUCAUCCAGGAACCGUCCUGCCCCUGGAUCGUGACCUUCAUGAGCUUCUGCUGGACUUACUGUGCCGCUUUGGACCCCAGCAGCUCCUGAGCUUCCUCCAGACAUCCCAGCACUACAGACUGGAGGAGGCCAUACAAAUAACACAGAAGUACCACCACAACGAGGCGACGGCCUAUCUGCUGGAGAAGAAGGGAGAUGUUCACGGAGCUUUUGCUGUCUUGUUAGAGACAUUGAAGGAAACACUAAGUCUCCUCACUGCUGAGAGUGACAGAGGAGCUGAUGGAGGAGAAGGAAGACGGGAUGAAGAGGAGAGAGAUAGCGAUUCAACUCUGACCAGCGUCAAGGAUUCGCUGAAUGACAUCAUUGUCUUGUGCCAACGAAACUCUGACAGCCUCUACCUGCAGCAAAGAGAGGCUCUGUGGUUUCCCCUUCUGGAGACCAUGAUGGCUUCUCAAAAACUAGUGAAGGGACUCAAAGAUGAACACACGUUUGAAGUGCUGAAGGAGCUGACAAUGAAGGUUCUCAACUGUAUGAGCAGCUUUAUUUCUCUGCCGGCCAUCAUCCAACGGAUACUGCAGGACCCGGUCUAUGGGAAAGGAAAGCUGGCAGAGAUCCAAGGCCUCAUUCUGGGCAUGCUGGACACUUUUAACUAUGAACAGACUUUACUUGAAACAACCACCAGUCUAUUGAACCAUGACCUCCACUGGUCCCUCGCUCACCUGCGCGCUGCUGUCACGAGGGGACUCCACCCACGACAAGACCACUGCAACAUCUGCCUCCAGCAGUACAAGAGGAGGCAGGACUCCGCUGAGGAGAUCAUCGUGUUCAGCUGCGGCCACCUGUACCACCACCAGUGCCUGCAGCAGAAGGACUCUGGGUGGGGUGUCACUUCCGAGCUGCCACAGCGUUGGAGCUGCUACAAGUGUUCCUCCAGCCAACGAGGAAGGGGCGGGCCUUCCGCCGAACCCAAAAGAGACCGCAGUACAUCCCUGGCGCAGACUCGUGUAACAUCGGCGCUUCAUGACGCAGGAGCAGAGGCUCGCAGGAAGAAGGUGUUUGUUGAUGCGACGUUGGACCUUCAGCAGAAGCAGUCCUGGGAUCAGCUACGCUGUCUAUACCGAGGACCGUCCAGGUUGUCCAUCCUGUCAGAACUCUCCCACUGCCACAGCAGUGACAAGGCCGGGCUCCUAAUCCCAGCCCAACUCGGAACUGACCAUUUCCAACUGAAGCUCUCUCCUCCACCUUUAUUGGAAGAGUAGCAGCAAGACUGGUUGUGAAUCCAUGUUUUCUUCAUCUGUUCGGACUUAAGUCAACUGGCAUUGGUUCAACGUUUUUCCAAAAUGUUUAUUUCUAAACAAAUGUUUCGAUAUUGAUAAUAUUUUGUUCUCUAAUAAUUCUGCUGAAUGUAGCUUUAAUUUCAUUCAUUGUUUACGUACUCCAGCUGGCUGAACCCUUCUGCUUGGUGUGUAUGUUGGCGCUGGGAUGUCAAAAGGUGAAUCAUAACAGAACUGCAAAGAAUGGUGUGACAUUUAUUUUGGUGAGAGAAAUGAUACUCUGUUUGAACCAGUAAAAAGAAAAACCCAAGAUACUUUGACAUCUCUUAUUUCACAAUGUUAAUAUGAAACACUGAAUCCAAAAGUGCACUAAUUUUAACUGCUAAUUUAAUUUUUUUAAAUGUUGAUGGUGAACGCAGCUGAAUUUUUAUUUUGUCAUUGGAUGUUUCCUAAUGUUGUGGUUAAUUGCUCUUCUUCAGUUUGUAUAAAGAACCAGAUAUUUUAUGAAAGUUGUU